AUGUUUAGAGGAAACAAGCAUCCUCAGGACUUCCCCGUUAGCUGCUUGAGGACAGGAACCAUAUCUGGCAUUUCUAUGGUGCUUUACCAGGCGCCUAGUAUGUCCGUGGCAUAUGCGCUUGCUUGCCCCCGCCCCUCCUCCUCCUCCUCUUCCUCCUCUUCCUCCUCCUUGAUCCCCGCCCCGUCCUCGGUCCCGGGGCGGACCCCGAAGCAGAGGGUCCGAGGGACUGACCGACCGACCACCGACGGCCGCCCCCAGACAGGGCCAGCCUCCUCCACCUCCUCCUCCUCCUUCCGCAUCUGUGCCUUCAACAUCCAGCGCCUGACCCUCACUAAGGUGGCCAAAGUCAGCAUCUUGGACGUCUUGGUCAAGAUCCUGGCGCGCUGUGACAUCACCGUGCUGCAAGAGGUGAUCGAUUCAUCGGGAGACACCAUCCCCCUCCUGCUCAGAGACCUCAACAACGUUUACAAGGACUCCGGCCCGUACAGCUCCCUGAGCAGCCCGCAGCUGGGCCGCAGCACCUACAUGGAGAAAUACGUCUUCAUCUACCGGUCGGGCAGGACCAAGGUGCUGGACUCUUACGUCUACCAGGAUGAACAGCCAGGAAAGCCGGACGUCUUUGCCCGGGAGCCCUUCAUUGCCGUCUUUUCUCUGCCCAACAAAGUUCUCCCAUCCUUGGUGUUGGUGCCGCUUCACACGGAGCCCAAGAAUGCUGGGGCCGAGAUCAACGCCCUGUACGACGUCUUCCUCAAUGUCACCCGGCAGAAGGACACUAAGGAUGUAAUGUUCCUUGGGGAUUUCAAUGCCGACUGCAAGUUCCUGACCAAGAAGCAGCAGGAGGAGCUGCUGCUGAAAAAGACACCUGGAUUCCACUGGCUCAUUCCCGACGGGGUGGACACCACCGUGCGCCAGAGCACACACUGCACCUAUGACAGGAUCGUGGUGUAUGGAGAGACCUGCUUCAGCCAAGUUCAGGGGGCUUCAGCUUUCAACUUCCCCGAAUGGCUCGGGCUUACCGAGGCUCAGGCCCUGGAGAUUAGCGACCACUACCCAGUGGAGGUGGAGCUGAACGCAGCCGGCGGGAAGCGGUGGGACUUCGGCCUGGGCAUCCUGCUGCUCCCGCUCCUUCUGCUGUUCCUCUCCGUUUGAGGAUUCCCAUCAGGUCUACUCAGCCGGUGGUCCCAGGCCCCGGGGUCACUCACUGGUGCUCCCCAUAGGCCCACGCACGCCCACUGAGGACUCUUCUGUACUUGAGGACCCACUGUUUCUCCCAUUAGACAAAGAACCCUGUGUGCGUGGCAGGCAAACUGUCCAAACUGGAUAUUUUUUAUAGUAAGUGCUUAACAAGAGCCCUAAUUAUCACUCCAGGAGCCCCGUUCUCUGCAGCUCAAGUGGGGAAGGAGCCUCUGAGCAUCAAACUCCUUUCCUUUCUUCUCUGUCCCGUUUCUUUGAUAUUUAUUGCCAGCGGUGAACAGCCUCCUGGAGGAAGAGAAUGAGGCUGUCGGGGUCCCCAGCGACUAGGAACUUGGGGAAUCAAUACUGAUCCCUCUCCAGCUCUGAAGUUGAGAGAGUCCUGCAGCCUCUCAGGGGUGUGGGAGCCUUCUCUGCUCCUCGGCUACAGAACUGUGCCAACUGAUGGUCGCUCACCAGAGACUAGAUGUUAGAACAGUGUGUGCUGGGGCCUGGCCCCGGCUCCGUCCCCACCUCCAGUGUGACUGGAUGCUGGAGAUUGGAUCAGAUGGACAGGAGGGCGGGGAGAAGAGGUCCCCCUGCCAACAGCUCUCCCAGCAGGCUGGGCGGGGAGGGGGAAGCAUCCUGGGGAUAGCUGUCCGGACAUGGGGCCUGGGGGCUCUCUGCCAGGAACUUGGUCUCUGGGCACGUUGCUCUGGCCAGAAAUAAACAAGGACUUCCAUGUU